AUGAGGAGUGAGGAUAAGACCGGGCAUCCGGAGGGGGGCGAAAAAGGGGCGAGGAGCCGGGGGACGAGGAGGGAAGGGGGACCGCCCGGACGGCAGGCCGGAAGGGAGGAGGAAGAAGGAGAGGCGGCAAGGGACAAGGCAGGGCGGAAAAAAAGAAAGGGGGGAAGGGGCGGCCGGCCGCCAGCGGCCGGCCAACGGGGCCACCAGGGGGCAAAGAACCGGCGGCGAGAGGGAGCGAAGGAGUGGCAACGACAGGGGAGGAGCGCGCGAGACAAAAGCGGGACACUGCGCCGGGCCGACCCCGGAAGGAACGGGGAAAAAGGGGGAAAGCGAAAUAUAGCGGGAGAGGGAGGCCAAGGAAAAAGGAGCACGCGCAAAGGACCGACGAGAAACCAGGACGAGACGGGAGAGAAGCCCGGAGGAAGCCGGGGGAACAGGAAGCGCAUGCCCAGGGGGGAGGGGGCGAGAUGGGGAAAGGGAAGGGCAGCGGCGCGGACGAGAUGCAGGAAAGACAGGGGCAAGACAGGGGAGGGGAAACGCAGGAGGGUGGAUCCGAGACUCCGAAGAAACGCGGGGCGGAGAGGAGAGCGGAGAGAAACCGGCCAGAAGGGAUAA